AUGAGUACAGAACAUGAUGAUACAGUUGACGCAACAGCAAAACGUGCAAGUUAUCAUCAACGUUUAUCAUUAUUUUCCAUAGAUGAAGAAGCGGAUAUAUCAACACCAUCAAAUGAACAAGAAAUUAAUAAAAAUGAAACACUAGAAGAAUUGAUUAAUAAAUCUAAAACUAAACUUGGUCUCUAUCUAUGGAAUAAACAAAUUAAUGAUCAACAAGUAAAACAAAUAACACAAGAAUUAAAAAAACGUACAUCAACAAAUUGGAGUUAUGUAGAUUUAUCUAAUAAUCAAAUUACAUCUGUAGGUGUUCAAUAUCUAUGUCAAACAUUAAAAUUAAAUACAACAAUAAAAUCUUAUUGGACAUUAGCAGUAAUGGAUAGUAUACAAUAUUUACCAGUAAAUAAAACUCUAACUUUCAUUAAUUUAAAUUCAAAUUUAAUUGAUGAUCAUGGUAUUAAAAUCAUUAGUGAUAUGUUAAUAGUCAAUAAAACAUUAGAAUUAUUAUGGCUUAGUAAAAAUCAAAUUACAGAUAUCUGA